ACUAGAAGAAAAAGUCAAGUUAGUAAAAGAACAAAGAGCAAAAAAUCUUCUUGAAAAGAUAUUUUUCACUAAUUGGUACUCUCAAUAGCAGGUCAUUAUAGCAAACAAGUUUAUUAAAGAUGGACCCACGUACUUUAGCUUCCUCGAAUGGUCAAAGACCAAUCAUCUUAUCUCCACCUCCUUUAGAACAACAUCUCAAUCCUUUUAAUCAAUCUAGUAAUCAACAAGGUACCAAUUCAUUAUCAAUGUCUACUCCUUCACUAGCAAAUCCUGCUCAAUCAAUUCCAGGGUCUCAACAACAAAAAUCUUUCCCUUAUCAUUCGGAAAGGCAACAAAGUGUUGGUUACAACUUACAACAGGAAUUUGAAACUUUAACUGCUGAUUUAGAUUUAGAUUUAAGACAGAAUCUUGCUAAUCAUUCAAAUGAUUCUACUAAUAUUGAAAAUUCAAAUAUGGAUAAUACAACUCCUACUUCUUCAACCAAUAAUAGUAUUAAUGUUAAUAAUACUGCUAAUACAAUCACUUCUCCAAAUUAUGAAUCUCCAACUCAUCAUCAACAAAUUAAUCAAUUAAAUCAUAAUCCAACAUUAUUAGCUCCUUCUGCUUCGAAAUAUGGGUUUCUUGACUUAAAUUCAACAAUGUCUCCAAAUUCAUCUCAUUUAUUACAUGAUCAAUCAAUAUCCCCUGCUCCUUCCAAUUUAUUAUCCAAUAAUAAUAAUAAUAGUAAUAAUUCAAAUAAUAAUAAUUCAAAUAAUAGUAAUAAUUCAAAUAAUAAUAACAUUAAUAGUAAUAACUCAAACACAGCUGGCUCUGCAAACUUCUUACCUCCUUUGGGCUCUUUACCAAAUAGACCUCAAUCUGUUAAUGAUUUUCUGAAUUUUUUUGGACGUCAACAACAACAUCAAUUAGCUUUAGAUCUGCAACCUGAUACUAAUUCUAAUUUUUAUCUGGAUUUAUUGUUUUUCACUAAUUGGAUUGAAAAUUUAACUCCUCAAAAUACAAUCACCAUGAUUGAUUACUUAUCAAAUAAUUUGCCCCUUGAUAUCUUAUUAACUUUCAAAACUAAAUUAGAAAAUCAUUUAACCCAUCAUCACAAUCAACAUCAAAAUCAAACUUUCCUGAAAAUUAAUAGUCCUUUCCAGCCUCAACUGUUGAAUGAUUACAUUCCUGACAUGGAUUCUUUAGGUUUAGAACCAAACUUAAAUGAUAUAUUACAUCAGCAACAACAACAACAGCAGCAACAACAGCAACAACAGCAACAACAACAACAACAGCAGCAGCAGCAGCAGCAGCAGCAGCAGCAACAACAGCGUCAACAAUACAAUGGAUUAUACCAACCUAAACCAAAACAAAAUACAUUCAGAAAUCAUUUAUUUGCUGAUACAAAAAAUCCAAGACCAAAAUCGGCUGACCCAAGUCUUCAUACUAGAUAUGUCCAAUCUCAACCCCAACAACAGCAAACCCAAUUGGAAAGAGCAAGGUCUCCGACUUCUCAUUUAUACGAAAAGACCAAUUUUCUCCAAUUAGCUGCAGCAAACUCUCCUUCUACUGGCCAACACCAACAUCACCACCUUCAACAACAUCAACAGCAGCAGCAGCAACAGCAGCAGCAACAGCAACAGCAGCAACAGCAGCAACAACAACAACAACAACAACAACAACAACAACAACAACAACAACAACAACAACAACAGCAGCAACAACAACAGCAACAACAACAGCAACAACAACAGCAGCAGCAGCAGCAACAACAACAUCAACAACAGUACCAAUAUAACCUAGGAUCAGGAAGUCCCACAUCCAAUCCAAGCCAAGGCCCCCAUAGCAUCAACGUCACUCCCCAACAAUCUAACUCGGAUGAAUCGUUAGACUUACCAGCACAUGCAGCAUUAAAACUAGGAGCCUUGACAACCAUAAACUCAAGAGUUGCAUUGGAUUCAAGUAGAAAAAAUAACGGAGUAGCCUUUUACUCGAAUCAACAAUCACUGCAAUCUCAACUGCAUCAACCAAACGCUCAACAUGGAUCAUACAAUCCAAAUGGAUUAUCACAUCGUCAAUUGUUUGAAGAAUCAUUGAAUCGUAAUGUCAAUUCUUCUUCGGUUCCAGUUAAUACGCAUAGAUAUCAACCUUCUUCGCCUUCAACCAAUUUCCAUAUUAAUAAUAACCACGGUAAACAGAAGGAUCUUUCCAGACUGCCUCAAGGACAAAAUUCUCCAAAUUCACUGAUGCCAAUAGAGAUUAGCAACAUUGAUUUAUUGAAUAAUAUUCCUGCGUGGUUAAAAUUAUUACGUUUACAUAAGUACACCGAAUGUUUAAAAGAUAUUUACUGGAAAAACCUAAUCGAAUUGAAUGACGAACAAUUAGAAGAAAAAGGUGUGAAAGCAUUGGGAGCAAGAAGAAAGCUAUUGAAAGCUUUUGAUGCAGUUAAGAGUAAUCACAGUCAAUAAUGCAUAGCGCAGGCGUAGAAACAUUUUUUUUUUUUUUUCAUAAAAAGGAACCUUCUAUAUAUGUUUACAACAGUUACCUAAUAUAAAAGCAAUUUAU